AUGGACCCGGGUUUAUGGAUCUGCCUCUUUGCGUGCACAACUUUCCCUGUCCAGCUAACAGGAUUAAAACCCAGCAAAGAAGCAGUUGUGCAAAACUCAACUUCUGAUGGCCAAGACUUGGGAAAGUACGCGGUGGAGGAAGCCAUGAAAACCUUCGAGGGACACUUGGCUAAUGAGUGCAGCCGGUUGAGAAAUGACAAACAGAAGCGCUUCUUCACCGCAUGCAUAAUUGACACGUGGAAAGCCAAACGAAAGCUGGAGAAGACGUUGCUGGAAGCCAAUAUGUCACAGGAGAAUCUCACGGUGGCUCACCAAGAUGUACAAACAUUACUAUUCAGAAUAAAGCCCAAAGAUUUUGGAGGGCUGAAUAUCAGCAGUGACAUGUUAACGGUCACCGCGUCAAGAAAGACCCAGUCACGGCAUUCCAUGAGCUUCCCGACCGUGCUGACAGAGAGGGCCUUGCCUGCAAAGGAGAUGAGACUGACCUGCAUUUACCUGAAAGCUUCCUGCCUCUUUCAGGACGAAAAGAACAGUUCCCUUCUGAACAAUGACAUUUUAGGGGCCACCCUUGGGGGUGUCAGAAUCACCAGCCUCAGCCAACCAGUGGAGAUCCGGUUUUGGCACGACCUCAGGCCAGCCAAUAUUUCCAACAUGACCUGUGUCUUUUGGAUGGAAGGAAGAGAAGAGGGCAGCCUGGGAACAUGGAGCCCCGUCGGUUGCGAUACUGUCAUCCAGGAAGGCAUCGUAUGCUUGUGCUACCACCUAACCUAUUUUGCUGUCCUGUUGCAAAUCUACCCACCCACCUUGGAUGAAGGUCUAUUGGACACUUUAACCUACAUAACUUCCAUAGGCUGCAGUGUGUCAGCUGUUGCCUGUCUGCUCACCACCUGCCUGCACCUUUGCUCCAGGAAAAAGCAAUACGACUCCACCACAAAGAUACACAUGAACCUAUUGGAGGCUCUUUUUUUCCUUAAUAUGUCAUUCUUGGUCAGCGGGUCGCUGGCAUCGGUCACUUCUGUGUGGCCAUGUCAGGUUGCUGCAGUCUUCCUCCACUACUCAUUGCUUUGUGGCUUGACCUGGAUGGCCCUCGAAGGUUUCCAUCUCUACAUGCUUGUGAUCAGAGUCUACAACUUGUACAUAAGACGUUACCUCCUCAAGCUGUGUGCUGUUGGCUGGGGGCUCCCUGGCUUAAUAGUUAUUACCGUCUUCCUCUUCAACAAAGAGGCUUACAGCAUCCACCAUAUCCAAACCAGCCCUCUAUACAGCAACAGGACCAUGUGUUGGAUCACAUCCCCCAAAGUACAUUACUUCAACUUGAUUUACGUCAGUGGCACCGUGCUUUUCAAUAUGAGUGUCUUGACGCUUGUGGUUUGGCAGCUGAGGCGACUCGGAGCCAACUCCCGUCAGCAGAAAGAGCGUUCCUGUAGGGACGUGGUGACAGUUCUUGGAUUGACAUGCUUCCUGGGCACAACCUGGACACUGGCGUUCAUCUCCUUUGGGGUCUUCUCCCUCCCACAAGCCUUCCUGUUCACUAUCCUCAACUCGCUUCAAGGGCUCUUCAUCUGCCUCUGGUGCUGCGCCUUGAGAUGCCGCUCACAGGAAAGUGUCUCUGGAGGGACCUCUCAUCCAUCUCAAUAACUGCAGCAUCAUGGGAGAUGGGAUGACCCCGGGCCAAGCUUGUAAAGGAUGAAAGGAGCUUUUGAGAUCAGACUCCUGUUCAAAGAAACCAGCCUGCUGCCUCGACUCCAAGCCACCCACAAAUGUCAGGGCCC